AUGAAUUUCUACGCGCCUCCACCUACGAUCACGGCACAACUCUACGUCCGCAUACCUGAGGAGCUCAGGUGCAAGGACCGCGAAUCCGAAUGGCGUGGUGGCUUUAGCCGGGCAUUCCAGAACAUCUUCUUAGAAGGCCCAGUCUGUACUACAACUGGGGAUUUAUAUGUCGUUGACAUUCCGUAUGGGCGCAUCUUGCGGAUCUCGCCAACCAAAGAAGUGACUGUAGAGGCUGAGUGGGACGGAGAGCCAAAUGGUCUUGCCGUGGAUCCGGAAGGCAAACUCGCCGUUGCAGACUACAAACAGGGCAUACUCACAUUUGAUCCUGCCAGCGGUAAAGUAGAGGGCAGGCUGAAGCGCCGAAAUCUCGAGCGGUUCAAAGGGCCCAACGAUCUGGUAUUCGACAAAGCUGGGAACCUGUACUUUACAGAUCAAGGACAGACAGGCCUGACAGAUCAGACCGGACGGGUUUAUCGACUAGCGCCUGAUGGCAGACUGGAUACUUUGGUUGAGAAUGGUGUAAGCCCAAAUGGUCUAGUCCUUUCACCAGAUGAGAAGUUCCUCUUCGUUGCCAUGACGCGAUCCAACGCUGUUUGGCGACUACCAUUGCACGCAGACGGAUCAACGAGUAAAGUUGGGUUGUUCUUCCAGAGCUUUGGCACUGCAGGACCCGACGGCCUUGCCGUUGACGAAGAAGGAAGCCUCUUCAUCUGCCACCCGAGUCUUGGUUCAGUGUUCGUCGUUAAUGCAGAUGGAACACCAAAAGCUCGGAUAAUGUCAGGUACGACAGGCGUGAACCUUACAAACUGCUGUUUCGGAGGACCUGACGGAAAGAGGCUGUUCAUCACAGACAGCCUGGAGGGCAACGUGCAAUACAUAGACUGGCACUGCAAGGGCGCAACAACAGUCCCAACUGUGCGCCAGCGUUCGUCGGCAUUAUAA